UCCUAGCUAGUUGCUUCUUAGCAUCUUCUUCUCUCCUUCCUCUGACCUCUCCACAAAACUGAACAUAUUGCACUUAAAUAGAGUUGAGUUCAAGGGGAAAAGAUCAGAGAGAGAGUUUCUUUUUAUUGAAUCUAUCAAUAUGGGUAUCUGCUAUGGCACUCCUGUAAAUAAUCACAGCCACAGCCACAGCCAUAGCCAUAGCCAUAGCCAUAGCCCAGAAACCAUCAAACCUUCAAGCCCAGAUGUGAAACUUAGAGACAACAAACCAAAUAAACCAGAAGAGAAAAUUGUCAUGGAAGACAUGCCUUCAAGUGGAAAAAUUGUGACUCCAAAUAUGAAAAUGUUCACUUUAGCAGAGCUGAGAGCUGCCACGAAAAAUUUUAGACCAGAUACAAUUCUGGGGGAAGGUGGGUUCGGCCGGGUUUUCAAAGGCUGGGUUGAUGAGAAAACUUACGCGCCAUCGAAGGUCGGAGUCGGCAUGGCAGUUGCAGUGAAAAAAUCAAACCCAGAUAGCCUCCAAGGGUUGCAGGAAUGGCAAGCAGAGGUGAAAUUCUUAGGAAAAUUUUCCCAUCCGAAUCUGGUUAAACUACUGGGUUACUGCUGGGAAGAAAGACAGUUUCUUCUCGUGUACGAAUACAUGCAGAAAGGAAGCUUAGAAAAUCACCUUUUCAGUAAGGGUGCUGAGCCUCUUCCAUGGGACAUUCGACUUAAAGUAGCAAUCGGCGCUGCCAAAGGCCUCGCUUUCUUACACUCGGAGGAGGAGAGUGUCAUUUACAGGGACUUCAAGGCCUCCAAUAUCUUGUUGGAUGCGGAAUAUAACGCUAAACUUUCGGACUUUGGACUUGCAAAAUUUGGACCCAUAGAUGGGAACUCACACGUGACAACACGUGUUAUGGGCACUUAUGGUUAUGCAGCUCCGGAAUAUAUGGCAACUGGACAUUUAUACGUUAGAAGUGACGUAUAUGGGUUCGGCGUCGUUUUGUUGGAAAUGUUGACAGGAUUACGGGCUCUUGACACGACUCGUCCCCCGGGCGAGAACAACUUGGUGGAGUAUGCAAAGCCAUAUCUGUCGAACAAAAGAAAGCUGAAGAAGAUUAUGGACCGCAGGCUAGGGGAACAGUGCCCUGCAAAAGCCUCAUUCCAGGCUGCUGAGCUUAUAUUAAAAUGUCUAGAGUCCGACCCCAAAAGCCGCCCUUCCAUGGACCAAGUCCUCGAAACUUUAGAAAAAAUCAGUGCCAUUGAGGCAGACCCUAAAACAAUUAGUGCCAGAGCCAAACUCCAUUUUUCUAAGCACCGAGAAGAGCGGUUGUCUUCUUCUUCUACUGCUUCUCAUCAACAUCAUCAGCAUGGCCAUUAUCGAUCUCCCAUUCAUUCAAUGCAUGGUGAAAAAGGAACCAGAGCUCGCAGCAGUCACCGCUUGACAAUUGCUCGUGAAAGUUGACUUUUUAUCGGAAUCAAGGAGGCCUAGGUCGGACGCAGAACUAAGCCAGGCUCCUGUCACUUUUCCCACUCUCUGCCCUGAGCCCUCGCCUCAACCAUUUGCCAACUCCAUUAAUUCCGUGGACUACUCACUGUGUGUCACACCCGCACAAGAUAUUCAACAUCCAAAUCUUUACGAUAUUUAUGACGUUACAGCCAACUUGUUUAGCAUGUUAGUUCUGUCACAAAUUGUAGGUAGUUGCGAAUUUAUUGAGCUCACCGUCUCCU